AUGACGGAUCCUGUGGUGUUGCAAUCCGCCGUACGAGUGCCGACGCCUCCCCCAGGCGAGUCGCAACCUUCAGCUUCACGCAAACGGUCUCCUCCCUCGCGUUCUCCGUCUCCGAAUCGUCGCCGUUCGGCUCCGGGUGAUUCGUUGAAGCAGGAUGGGGACGCACCUCGCCUCGACGAUGAGCGUGCACGGGAAAGAGAACGCCAGCUCGCCGAGCGGGUUCGCGAACACGAGAAGAAAGAAGCCGCGCGAAAACCCAUGACGGACGAAGAGAAGCAAGCAUCAGCCAAGGCAGAGUAUGAGAAAUUGUUGAAUAUGCGCUCUGGUGGUACCUAUAUUCCUCCGGCCCGACUGCGCGCCCUGCAGUCACAGAUCACGGACAAGUCCAGCAAAGAGUAUCAGCGGAUGGCAUGGGAAGCCUUGAAGAAAUCGAUCAAUGGUCUUAUCAACAAGGUGAACGUGUCAAACAUCAAGUUUAUUGUUCCAGAACUUUUUGGUGAGAACUUGGUCCGCGGACGUGGUUUGUUUUGCCGGAGUAUCAUGAAGGCUCAGGCUGCCAGUUUGCCGUUUACUCCGAUCUACGCUGCGAUGGCCGCCAUUGUCAACACCAAAUUGCCUCAAGUUGGCGAACUGCUCCUCUCCCGAUUGAUCGUCCAAUUUCGGAAAGCAUUCAAGCGGAACGACAAAGCUGUCUGUAUCUCCUCUACUACCUUCAUCGCACACCUUUGCAAUCAGCAGGUCGUCCAUGAGAUGACAGCCGCCCAGAUUCUCCUUCUUCUCCUUCACAAGCCUACGGACGAUAGCGUUGAAAUUGCCGUCGGUCUUACACGAGAGGUUGGACAGCAUUUGGAGGAGAUGAGCGGACCUAUUGCGCUGGCGGUAUUCGAUCAAUUCCGCAACAUCCUGCACGAGGCCGAUAUCGACAAGCGUGUACAGUAUAUGAUCGAAGUUCUGUUUCAAGUGCGCAAGGACAGGUACAAGGAUAACCCAGCGGUAAGAGAGGAUUUGGAUCUAGUGGAAGAGGAGGAUCAAAUUACCCAUCGCAUUGGUCUAGACGAUGAGAUUGAAACCCAGGACGGGCUCAACAUCUUCAAAUAUGAUGAGCAAUGGGAGGAACACCAAGAGGCGUACGCGCGGUUGAAGGCAGAGAUCUUAGGAGAAGGUAGCGAGGAUGAAGAUGAUGAGGACGAAUCGGACGUGAGCUCGGAUGAAGAAGAGGACGAGGAGAAGAAGAUGGAUAUCAAGGAUCAAAGUAACACAGAUCUCGUCAACCUUCGACGGACCAUUUACUUGACAAUCAUGUCGAGUAUUGACUUUGAAGAAUGCUGUCACAAGCUGAUGAAGGUCUCGCUACCACCUGGCCUGGAGCCAGAGCUUCCAUCCAUGAUCAUCGAGUGUUGCUCUCAAGAGCGCACUUACUCAAAGUUCUACGGAUUGAUUGGAGAACGGUUUGCCAAGAUCAAUCGUCUCUGGUCGGACUUGUUUGAGGCUGCGUUCGCCAAAUACUACGACACGAUCCAUCGGUACGAGACGAACCGGCUUCGCAACAUUGCCUGCUUCUUUGGCCACAUGCUCAGCACUGACGCGAUUGGCUGGCAUGUGAUGUCUAUCAUCCAUAUGAAUGAGGAGGAGACAACAUCGAGCAGUCGUAUCUUUAUCAAGAUUCUCUUCCAGAAUCUCGGAGAACAUCUUGGACUGCCCAAGUUGCGGGCGCAGAUGACGGAUGAGAUCCUUCGACCCAGCUUCGAGGGACUCUUCCCUAUGGACAACCCACGCAACACGCGUUUCUCCAUCAACUACUUCACCAGUGUCGGUUUUGGUGUUUUGACGGAAGAUAUGCGUGAACACCUCAAGAACCUGCCCAAACCGGAGCCGCCCGCACUGCCGCCGGCUAGGGAUGCAGAUUCGGAUUCGGAGUCGGUC